UCUAGAUUCUCUAGCUGUGGAUCUACAACAAGGCUAAGAUUUUAUUUGUUUCCAACGUAGGAAAAUUGAUUGUUAUUGUCCGCAGUUACGCAUUUUCCCGAAAAAUAAAGGAUUUUAGAGAUAAGGCAUCUUUAUUUCCAACAUCAAGAACCACAUCAGCAGCCAUGAGCAAGACAAAAGAAACUGCAGCAAAUCAGCUUGUCCUGGCCUACAUGAUCAAACAAAACAGACCUUACAGCGUGCAAGAUGUGUUCCAGAACGCUGGGAAGGAUUUGGGUAAAACUGCUGUCAUGAAGGCAAUGGAAAGUCUUGCUUCUGAGGGCAAGCUAAAGGAAAAAGUUUACGGCAAGCAAAAAGUGUACGUGGCUGACCAAAGCCAGUACCCAGCUGUGAACGAUGCAGAAAUUAGAUCAAUGGAUGAGAAGAUUUCUCAGCUUCAAGGCAGAAUCGAACUCAAGCAGGAAGAGAUCCGCAAACUUGAAUCGGAACUGCACAAAUUCAACGCGCUUGUAUCCACAGUGGAUGCACGUGCUCAGCUCGGUCAAAUUUACCCAGAGAUUGAAGCUUUAAAAGCGAAACUAGGAAAGUUAAAGGAAGGCAGAGUUUUAAUUUCUAAAGAAGAUAAGGACAAAGUUGUCAAAAACAGAGAGAAAUAUGUUAAAGAAUGGAGAAAAAGGAAGAGGACUGCUUCGGAUAUUUUGAAUUCUAUCCUGGAAGGGUAUCCCAAAACAAAGAAACAGUUGUUUGAGGAGAUAGGGGUUGAGACGGAUGAAGAUUAUAAUGUGAAACCACCGGAGCUGUAAUGUAUUUACAUUUUCAAAAAAUUGUGAAUACUACUAACUUAAAUACUGUUGUUGUUUUUUUUUCUUCUGUGAAUACUUAUGCUUUUAUUUUUUUGUGAAUUUUAAUUUGAGCUGUUUCUGUCAAGUUCCACAUUGUAAUCAUUUCUAAGCUCUGUAAAUACUAUUCUUCAGUGAAAUGGACAUGAAUGUGGGUAAUACUAUCUGAUAUAUUUGUAAAAAGAAUAUGUUGGAAUAUGUGUAAUAUUUUAAUUACAUUGAUUAAUGUCAUUAAUGAUCUGUUGUGUAAAUAUUUUUUUAUAUGCCGUUUUGUUAAUCAUCAUUAAAUUAGAAAUGUUAUAAUAUUUGUU